AGGAACUUCUCACAGAGGUUCCGGGAAGGCCGAUCGAAAUCACGAUAUUGCAAUACGAAGAGGCAGGGCAGAAGAGUAAUAUUUAUUGCGAAUCAGGCGAGGCUAUGCCUAGCACUUAUGUGCCUGAU